CCUAACCUAGACGAUACACACAGACACCCGAGAAUGUCGGCGUCGGAGUUACCGGACGAGCUAUGGAGAAGAAUUUUGGAAACCGGAAUUCACCUCUCCAACUUGAGCUACAGGGACCUCUGCUGCAUCUCAAUCACUUGCCGGCGUCUCAACCGCAUCUCCGGCGAGGAUUUUCUCUGGUAUUCUCUGCUUUCCUCGGAUUUUCCCCAACCUCACCACAACGAUCCUUCCUCCGCUUCUACCUCCAGUAAAAAGAAAUCCCUUUACAAAAUCAGAUAUGAAAGGGAUAGGGAGCGCAAGCGGUUAGCGCACAGAAGAGCUGUUUUGAGAAUGGAGAGUGAAGUUGCUGAGCAUCGGAGGAAGGUUCAGGAGUUAGAGCUUCAGUUGGCGGAGGAGAAAGAGAAGAUGAAAAGCGCCGUUGUUGAGUUGUCGAAUUUACGAAGGGUGAGGCAAGCAUCAGUUGCACUAAAUGUGUGGCAGCCAGAUGUUAUUCGAGGCAGGCAAAAACAGGUGGUUGAGCAGUGCAAUGUACCGGUUGAUUCUCGAAUCAAUUCCACUGAAAUGGAACUCAGGCUUUGUAGGCAACAAAUUGAAGGAUUUGAUAAGGCCCUGAGAGUUGAGGUUCGAAGGUUAGAAGCUGCAAAGGAAAAGUUGGCUUCGGUAAAAUAUCACCCCUUGCAAGACAAUAACCUGGCACCCAGCCCACUUGGCACUAGAAAGAAAAAGUUGAAAUCUUCAUCAAAUGUUUCAUAAAUGAAGACGAGUAUAUGCUCCGUAUUAAAGAUGAGGCCAUGCUCAUGCAUUAUUGUCCUUCAUUACACAAUUGUGGAGAUUAUACUUCCAACAUAGUGGAUCAUGGAUGAGGACCUAACACAUAUCUUUGUAACUCCAUGAAGGUUAGACAAAUAGUAACCCUCUUUUGGAUGAUGAGGGAAUCACCACAACCUUUUCAGGUGUAAGUAAACCCCGCAUUGUGACCCUAGCCGGCAAAAGACCACAAGGAAGUAAAUCAACUUAUUUUACCCAUAGCUGACCGGCUCAAACCAAGGGGGCAUGGAUUCGAACUCGUGACCUUGUGGUUACUAGUGUGGAUCACUUGCCAUCUUGGCUGAGGUUACUCCCAAUAUAGUAACCCUCUUUGUUUUGGGAAGGGGGAGUGGAUCAUCUGUGAAGACUAAACCCUUCAACUGCUACCAAGUUUCAGGUUGUGCCACCAUGGUCUAGGAUAUCUGGUUUGUUUAGAUCUUCACACUAGAGAUCCUUUCAACUAUUGCUUCGAUAAACUCCUACCAUACUUGCUAGCUUGCUUCACUUUCAAUCACGCUGGCUCAGCAAGUUUUUUGCAUUUCUGUUAGUUCACUUGAACAUCCCGGCUAGCAGAGCUAUCAUGCUAGUUCAUGUAGUAUAAGUUAGAGAAAGUUAAGUAUAACAUAAUAGUGUGUUAUUGAUAUGCCUUUGACAGGAAAUCGUCAUUAUCUCUUGGUGGGUGGGGUUGAAUUUUUCUCUCACAAUAGUUGAUAGUGAUUAUACAAUUCAUAUAUAUAGAUUCGAAAGAGAAACUGGUACUCUACCCGGAAAAGAGAGAGGGGGAGUGAGAGAGAGACUAGACAGAGCCCUUUGUACUACGGAAUGGAGACUGGGAUUGACCCUGCCUGCUAUUGAUCCUAUUUAGAGCUUAUCUUUCUCCUUAGAAAAGUCUUCGUCCCUAGCUACUAGAAUUAUAGGACUAAAGAUGUUGGUCGUAGGUCAACCUGUAUGGAGUUGUGCUUGUGCCAUCACUAAGGGUGGCCUUCCAACAUCAAUUGACCCCACCCGAGUUUACUGAAGCUAUGUUAGUUGAAUUGGACGGUCUAGAGGAGGAAAGGCUGAAAUGGCGCAACCAAAGGAGUCCGUUCAGAAAGACUGAACACUAACGCCACAUUUUGUUCUCUUUUUGUGUUUAGUGCAUUCUGAAGCCUGAACUGCCAAUCUGGUGAAGAACAAUGAAGUCUUUCUCUUUCAAAAAAAAAAACAAUGAAGUCUUUCUUGGCAAGAUCACUAAUGCCUCCACUGCACAAUCGUGCAAGAAUUCUGAACCGUGUCUUUCUUAAACCACGACUAUUCCAACAAUGUGUGCGUGGGAUUAUUUUCUGCUGUGACUCGAGCAAGAAUAUGAAGAAACUGCAAUCAUACACUGCCCCGAUACAAGUAUUUUGUAGGCAGAUACAGCAAUAUUGUAUGUGUAAUUAAUCUUUAUUUUUUAAGGUAAUUUCUCUAAUUUUGAUUGUUUACCGAU